GAAACUCUUUGCGAGUCCUAACCGCGUCCCACCGAGGCAUUACUAUGGCGACGAGAGUGUUUGGUGGAUGUUCUGUAGGUGAAACAACAGCCCUGUGUUUAAUGUAGAAGUGAUGGAAGUGGCACACACUGCAUCAGAGACAUUCACAGACAGUCAAAGGAAGAAGACCCCUCUUCCACUGUGCCGACUCGUGGAGGACAGAAAAAGAAGUCCCUCUAAUGUCCCUCAUCACCUGCUAGAGACCCAAACCUAUACCAAACUCAAGAGCAACAGUGCAAUCGAAGCAGAACCCUCAGCACUUCACUUCAGUGGGUUUAAACUGGGGAAGGACUAUCACAGGAGCCUGAAAUUGAUCAACAUAUCAUCUGAAGUGAUCAACAUUCACAUUAUCCCCACCCAAACGAAGCAUUUCAAAACAAAAUAUUUAAAAAAGCAUCGUCUUGUCCCUGGACUGUCCUACACAGUAAAGGUACACUUCUGUCCUGACGAAUGGCGCUACUUCUACGACUGUAUUCGGAUCCAUUGCAAGGGGGAAGAGAACUUACAGGUUCCAGUCCAUGCCUAUCCCAUCAUCGAUGACUUGCACAUCCCAACACACAUCACCAUACCAGCUGUCCCGCUGGGCCAAAGUGUCAGCCAUGUGAUCCCUCUGAGCUGCAGCUGUCCCAUUGACUUUGAAUUCCAGGUGCACAUCAUCCAGCCACACAAGGCCUUCUCUGUCCAGCCCCUGUCAGGAGUGAUUCCAGCCAAUGGGAAGGUGGAGGUGACCGUCACAUUCAGGCCGUUCCAGUAUGACACGUCCCAGGUCACUCUACAGGUGGUCAUCUCCCAGUUCAACUCCAAACCCUACGUCUGCACCCUCAGCGGGUCCUCCUCGCCCCACCUGGCACUCAGUCAACAGGAGAAAGACAUGGGACACGCAAGAGAAGUUUUGUUUGUUGACAGUCGAGGGCCUCCACCUGUCUCCUUGAUACAGCCUCUGACCAAAACCAAGCAGAGGUCAAUGCGGACACCUGAAAAGUCAAAGACUGUAAGGGAGAGAAGAGAGAGUGAUGUGAAGCUGAGCCUGAAGACUGCAGUUGAUGUGUCCACCCCUGCUGGAGUGGUCAAGAUACUGAUACAACAGACUGAUAAACUGAGCUGUAAAGACCUGAGGGAAGCCAUGAUGUCCCAACCUAAGCUGGGCCUCCAGACAAGACAGAUGAAGGAGGCGUUCUUUGAGACCAGGGUUCAACAGGACAUCCAGGAGGAGAGAGCCAAUCAUCUCAGAUGGCAAGUUCACCUUGGGAAGGACCCUGUCUCGACACAGACCAAAAUGCAGGUUUUGGAGGAGAGAGAUGUUGCAGAUUAUGAAUAUAUGGUUAGAAAAGGAGAGGUGAGGGAGGAGAGGGACUUUGCUAGAGGCCAACCUAAGCUCUCUACCAGACGGGUCCUGCGUAACACAGGCCAGGCACCGGUGGGCACGCCUUCCUUUCGCAUGUACUCCAGCAGUCAUCUGGAGAUCAGGCAGAGAGCUCUGAGGCUCUUCCAGCAGGCAGCCCGCAAGGUGGUGAUUCAAUGUCGUGUGAACAACAGACUGGUCUCGUUGAGGAGGCUGACUCGAAGCUUGAAGCGCCUGUCCACAGGAGUAAGAGUUGAGGAGGAGAACUUUCAUCUCCCGAAGAUCUCACCAGACAGCGUGAUUCCGUUCACAUUCCCUAUCUUCUCUCUUCCUAACCAGUCUGAUGAACUGGCUCCCAAUGCAUUGGGUGCCGUCCCUGUUAGGCCUAUUGAGGUCCUGGUCAAACGACACACUCCAUUCUUCAAUCUGAAGGUUCCCCAGCACUACAAGUUAAUGGGGUACCAGCCUGUUUCGGCCUUUGAGGCUGCCGCUAGCUACAUUCCCCCAACCCAGCCCAGGACGCUAUGCACUGGGGCACAGGAUGAAUUGUUGCCAAGAGUGAUCCGUUCACCCUCGGGGUGUGCAGUGGCCAAGCCAGAGGGCGAGGAGGAUGUGGAGCAAGAGGACGAGUGUCCCAGUCUGAGCUUCACGGCCCCCACUGCCCUGCUGAAGCCUCCCUACGCCCACCCCCUCAGAAUCUUUAACCCAGCCCCCGGUCUCCAUGCCUUCAAAGCAGACCCCCUCUACCUAGAGUGUGAUCUGGAGUUCCACCUGUGUCCACUGCCCCGGUACACCAUCCCAAAGCCCUCUGUGUUUGGAAUGCACACCCCCAGCACUCAGAAGACAUUUUUGGACCGAACAGAUGUGAUCCGAGGCGUGAUGACCUGGAAGAAGUUCCCAUCGGCUGCCCUGGCCGCUCUGUCCAACACUCCCACACUCACCAGUAGCUGGGCCCCGCGCGUGUCUGACCCCUUCAACAAUGACAUUCUGCCCACCCUGGCGCCCACAGCUCUGAAUGGCCUUCCAGAAGAUAUGACAGAGGAGCUACUGGAUGGACAAUCUGAAAGCACGGGAGUAUCUCUCACGCCUGAGAUGAUCCGAGCCGAGUUUCCCCUGCCAGAGAAUGUACCUUCCACUCCCAGACAGCUGAAAGACGACAGCUUUAAAGAUGACAGCAGUUCCCUGAGUCCCUGUAAAACUCCCCAGAUGAUGCCUCUCAGUACAGCAAACAUCUCCAGGGAAUCAAGAGAGCAGCAGCUGGAGAUGUUUCUGAAGUCUCAGACCAAUAGACUUGGUGCCAAGGUGAUGGCGCGACUCAACCACCUGAAUAUUGUGGGCAAGGCUAAUUCACCCUCUACACCAGAGAAUAAAUAGUGCUAUAUUUGUUAUGAAGCACUAAGGUUGAUGCAGGAAAUGUCAGAUUACAGUACCAACAUACAUUGACUGAUAUAUUUCAUAUAAUACAUUUCACUGUGAAAUAUAUCAUUACUGUAGCUGCUAAGUGCUAUUGUAUAGUUACCACACUACUGAUGCUGUGCCCAUUGUCUUGCAUUGACACUGACCAAUUCAUCCAAGGACAUUUUCAUUUAAAACAGUCUUUAUGUACUUUAAA